AUGUCAGCCAUGGAUAUCGUUUCCACGGUGACCAUCCUCAUCAACCUUGGAAUGGAAAUCAAAGCUUCAGCUGCUGACUACCAAUCUCUCUUGUUGAAGGUGUUUAAGGACCCUGUGAACGAGGACAUCAUCCAGGCCAAUGCGUCAGAGUUCAUAAUUAUUCUGAAUAUCCUGGAAAGCAUUGGACAGUCGUGUAAAGAAUGCGCAAAGGCGUUGGAUAUCGAACUUGCUGGAGCGUCAAUUGCGACCAAGACCGAGUCGGGUGGGAAGAAGUUUUUCAAGCGGAUAUGGGCUUUCAACAAGAUUCCCGACCUUCUCGCGGACAUUCAACGCAAGGCCGAACAACACCAGCGGGCAUACAGCGCGGUGUCUAUCGUAUUUCUCCAGCACAUCAAGGUGCAACAAGGACGGACGAGUGGGAAGGAAAUUGUUGAAUCAUCCACCGUCGUACGAAAACCGACUAACCAUGAAAACUUGCUCGACCUGGACGUCAGCACGAACUUUGCCAACAUCGACCGGAUCGUGGGAAGCCUCAUGAAGGAAUGUGAAAAUCUUCGGCGACGACUCCAGGAGGCUACUUUGUUUCCCGACCCGUCGGUGGUUCAAGAUUAUCAAGCGCAAAACCCAGAAGCAGCAUCGUUUUGGAAGGAUCGGUUCCAAAAAGAACAACUCAACGCCUCGAAUCUUCGCUACGAGACGUUAUACGUCUUUUGGGUACGCUUCGUAUAUGAGGUAGAUACGUUAUUUGUUCUCAACAAAAUACCGACCGGAGUUUUUUACCCUGGAGACAUCGACCUCGUUCGCCAGCAAGGAUCUUACUAUUGGAUCGAUCAAGGGGGCACGCGUCGUCUCUCUACAAUCCGGCCUUUCUGGCUCCCGGCUCUUCGGUCUGCUCUCGAUCCGCUACACAAGGGUUAUGUCAAGCCUCACGACUAUUUCAAUCUUCUCCAAGACUCCUCCUUGUCUGACACGCUGAGAAGACUGGCCCUCGAAAACGCAGGCUACGGGACACUUGUCGAAUGUGAAAGGGCAUCGGGUGAUCUUCCCUUGCCGGCAGCAAUUGAGUCCCCUUCUGAUCACGUCGGUUGGAUCUCUGCGCAAAUCGUGGCCGUUCCAACACCUGAGGAGCUAGGAAUUGUUACCGAACGACAGGUCCUGGACUCAAGCAGCGACGCCCUCUUCGCUUACUUUAACAAUACUACCCAAGACGUUCACAUUUACGUACGUUACCUUCAGACCGGUCAAAUCGAGCGUAAAAGUCUCUCCAAGCAAGUUCGUCCGGUCGGGGGCAUUUCUCUCGGCGCUACAUUGUCUAUCCGAUAUGAGCUAGAAUCAGGUGAUCAUGGCUGGAGCGGUGACCUUCAAAUCACCGAGUUCAAGGCAUGUGUGGGUUCGAAUGCUAUUGUCUUUUCUACUAGGCCGGUUAAGGAUUCCUUCAGCAAGAUGCUACGCGACGACGACAACCCCUCAAGUUCUAUUAUACCGGGAUUUGAAUGCACGCUUUUGGGGCCGUCGACGGCAUUCUCCCACCCACCGAAAGUUGGAGAAAAGGUUCAGGUCGAGUACGACGGACUUUGGUACGAUUCGAGAGUCACGGUAGUGGACGGCGAUGAGAUCGAGUUUGUCGACUGGGACAGUGCACUGGAGCAAGGCCCAAUUGACGCUACAGAAACCCAGGACGAUCCUGGAUCGGAUGACGAAUAUGGGAGUGACGGCUUUUUCUUUCCUGAGGAGCAGUUGACGGAACUCGGAAAGGGCAUGCGGCGGCUGUGGCGACCAUGGCGGAGAAACAUCCAAAGGUACGACGUGCGACCUUAUCGUUGCUUCCAUAUCGGCGACACUGUCGAGGCACCCGUCAUGUACCCGGACUUCCGAUACCAUUACCAUGUUACCGACAACUCGGAACUGUACCUUCCUGCUCGGAUUGUCGACGUCCAAAGCGACUAUUGGUGGCUAGGGAGGAUACCCAAAGGUGAACAAAUAGACCUGGUGCCAGGAUCAGGCAUCAAGGUAGAGAAUCCGUUCGACUUUAACCGCGUGACGGUAGGCAUGGAUCGGGUACGUCCUUUCUCUCCGGGGCCACGUCCGGUUCUGGGUAUUCAGUCAGCGAAGCCGGCUGGGUGGAGUUCAUUUCAGGGCGUUCGUCUCUGCAAUCUCGAGGAUCUUUUGGAGCGGAGUCUUUGGGACAACUUGUAG